AUGACCGGAGAAAAUCUUCAACAACAUUGUUAUAUGUGUAUGGUUGAAUCAAUGAUGUGUAUGAUUCAAAACGCAAAUUUCAAUAAUCCUAAUAAUCCUAAUAAUACUAAUAAUCCUAAUAAUUCCGCCAAUCCUACCAAUUCUACAAAUCCUACCAAUCCUACCAAUCCUAAUAAUCCUACCAAUCCCAUCAAUCUUAAUAAUCCUACCAAUCCUAACAAUAAUAAUCCCGCCAAUCAUAUAAAUAAUUUAAAUUUCUUACAAAGAAAUUUAUAUCAUAAUAUAAAUUUUUCUAUUAAUAAUCAAUUACACGCAAUCUCUCCAACUUUCUCCAAUAGUCAUCAUCAUUCCCAUCAAAUCCAUGACGUCGCUAUGCAAAUAAUAUCACAAUCGACCACAAAUAACAAUAACAAUGCACAAACAAGUUCAAAUAAUGUUAAUAAUUCUGAUUGA